GCAGCAGAACUGGAACACAGAACCAGGUCGUCCACAGAACCAGGUCCACCACAGAACCAGGUCCACAGAACCAGGUCCACAGAACCAGGAAGCGCACAGGGUUUUCUCAUUACUUCCUGCUGCUCCAUCUGAGAGGCAGAGAGGAUGUUAAUGAUGAUGCUGAUGAUGAAGAAGAAGAAGGGGUCCCGGGAGUCCCUGGCUGUGUUGGCUCUUCUCCUGGCCUCGGCCAGCUGCAUUCUGCCUCCGUCCACGGACGACCUGAACGAGAUCUCCAUCCUGGGAGAGAAGUACCUGGACAAGCAGGUCGAAAACGCCAUCGACGGCGUGAAGGAGAUGAAGAGCGUGAUGCAGAAGUCCUCAGAGGACCACAGGAAGUUUGUGGACGACCUGGAGAAAACAAAACAGCUGAAAGACGAGGCGGUGCGACAGGCAGAGGAGCUGGAAGCCAAGCUGGAGGAGGAGCUUUGUAACGAGACCAUGAAGACUCUGUGGGAGCAGUGUGUGCCCUGCCUGAAGAAAACCUGCGUUAAAUUCUACUCCAGAACCUGCAGCAGCGGCUCCGGACUGGUGGGGCGUCAGCUGGAGGACGUGCUGAACAGAACCUCUCCCGUCUCCAUCUGGAUCAACGGGGAGCGAGUCGACACCUUGGAGCAGGAGGGGCGACGGCAGAACCAGGAGUUCAGGAACCUGGAGGACAAAUACAGCGAGAUGGAAGACGGCGUGGAGAACAUCUUCUCAGACAGCAUGAAGGUGGCGGAUCACGUCCAACCUCCCGUCUUCUUCCUUCCUAAGUUCCUGGCACCGCUCUCUCGUCACAGCAGAAGCCUGCGGACGCUGUUCCACCACCCGUUCCCCGACUUCCAGAGUCUCUUCUCCCCCAUGAUGGAAAUGAACCGGCAGGUCCUGGACUCCAUGAUGGACCUGGACUCUGACCCUCCCACCAAUCAGGACGGCAGUGUGAACGAGGACGUGGUCAUCACCAGGCCCUUCGGCAGCGGAAAGAUGACCUGCAGGGAGAUCCGGCGCAACUCGGCCGGCUGCUUCAAGUUCCGCGACGAGUGCGAGAAGUGCCGAGAAGUCCAGCAUAUCGACUGCUCCGGGAAGAGACCGCUGGAGGGUCCUCUGAAGGAGGAGCUGGAGGCGUCUCUGGCCGUGGCCGAGCGUUUCAGCCAGCAGUACAACAACAUGCUGAGGAGGUUCGAGGAGCAGAUGUUCAACACCUCCUCCAUCCUGGACCUGCUCAACAAGCAGUUCGGCUGGGUGUCGUCUCUGGCCAACAACACCAAGGGUGACAUCUUCCGGGUCAAGGCGGUGAUGUGUAAAGACGCUGAGGACCAGCAGGACGCAGGAACCAGGGUGUCCGUUCAGCUCUUCGACUCCCCACUCAUGAACUUCACCGUGCCGGGCGACGUUCCCUGGACCGACCCAAAGUUCUCCCAGGUGGUGGCUCAGGAAGCUCUGGACCGCUACAAGGAAACCAGUGUAGUGGUCAAAUAAAGCCCACCUGGACCCACCAGGACCCACAGCUUCAAAAAAUGCUCCAAGUUCACCAAAACACACCUGAAACCCUUGAAGCGAACGCAGCGAUCCACAGGUUCGUCCUGCUUUUACAAUAAAAACCAACAGUUGAAGCUGUAAAGGUCACAUUAGUCCUGCUGUUAAAGCUUCAGCUGAUAAAAGUGGUCCUGAUCCCACCUGAUGAAGCUCCGACACACAGCUGCUUCUCCUGUAAGGAGUCUUUGUGCAGAAAUGAUUCAUGUUUUUAGAGGAAUCAGCUCAUUUAAAGUUCAUUUAAACCAGUCAGUGGCUUUAAUGAUGUGUUGUUACUGUUUUAGAGUUAAUAGUGAUUUAAGAUUUAAACAGUAAUAAAUAGAUUUAAAGAACCUGCUAA